GGAAAAAAGGAAAAAGAAAAAAGAAAAAAGAAAAAAGAAAGUGAGGGUGGAUUGAUUCUUGUUGGUGUUCAGUUAAGUCGAGGGAGGGCGGCCAUGUCGAAUUGAAAGCUGAACCCCGUUUUUGUUUUAAUUUACGGUUUCUACCAAACGACUUUCUCUCCCUCUCUCUCUCUCUUGCUUUGGUGCGUACAGCAGGAAGGUAUGAGGAAAUACCCAGUUCAGUAACUUAUUAACUUUGAUUGCUUGCUUGCUUGCUUUCUUGCUUGCUUGUGCCCCCCUUCUUUCUCAUUUUCAUAUUCAUCUUCAUACCCACAAAUAUCAAUCAAGAUUGCAAUUAAAGAUACAUAUUUGCAUCUAUUUUAUCUAUCCCACUUUCUCCUUCUUCCCUUCUCUUCUUCUUUCUACUUCAACUUCACUUUACAGAUCUCAGAUCCAAACUCCGAUUCUUCAACCAACCAACCCUAUAUGGCCGAUCCUCUUCAUCAUCUUCUUUUCUUCCCUCUCCUCUCCUCCUCCUCCUCUUCUUCUUCUUCUUCUUUUCAUUUCCGCCAUCUCCUCACGUAGAUUCAUCACCUUUUCUUUAUAUCUAUGGAUUCACUUUCUUCACCUCUUUCCUUUUAACUUUAUAAUUCAGAACCCCCAUCCCCUUUCCUCCUUUCCCUUCUUCCUCUUCCAUGGACGACCCCGGUGCCCAAGUCGUUCCUCCUAUUUUCAUCCACCAAUCCUUGACUAGUCGCUACACUGAUCUCCCUUCCAUCCCCAAGAAGCGUCCCUUAUCCUAUCAUCAGGGUCAACUCCAUCCCCAUACUUGGAACCCUAAGGCUUGGGAUUGGGAUAGCUCUAAAUUCCUCACCAAACCCUCCAACCUAAACAACACCACUCUCGAUGACCACGAUGACACUCUUCGCCUUAAUCUUGGUGGUCGUUACGUUGAGGACCCUGUUUCCAAACCCCCCAAAAAGGUCCGCCCUGGAUCUCCCGCCUCUGUCACCUACCCUAUGUGCCAAGUCGAUAAUUGUAAGGAAGAUCUCUCCAAUGCCAAAGACUAUCAUCGCAGACACAAAGUUUGCGAGCUCCAUAGCAAAUCCUCCAAAGCCCUAGUUGCUAAACAGAUGCAGAGGUUCUGCCAGCAGUGCAGCAGAUUUCACCCUCUUUCCGAAUUUGAUGAUGGGAAGAGGAGCUGUAGGAGGAGGCUUGCGGGGCACAACUGGCGUAGAAGGAAGACACAGCCCGAGGAUGUAACCUCAAGGCUGACCCGGCCAGGAAGUAGAGGACCCCCAAGCACUGGAAAUCUUGACAUCGUCAGUCUAUUAACUGUUCUAGCUAGGGCUCAAGGCAAAAACGAAGACCAGAGCGUGAAGAGCUUGUUGUCAGCAAAUAGUGACCAGCUCAUUCAGAUCCUCAAUAAGAUCAAUUCACUUCCUUUACCAGCUGACCUUGCAGCGAAGUUGCCCAAUUUAGAGAAUUUUAAGGGGAAGGCUCCUCCACAAAGUUCUCUUCAGCAUCAAAACAAAUUAAAUGGUAAUCCGUCUUCUCCUUCGACCAUGGACUUGCUUACUGUACUUUCAGCUACUUUAGCCGCAUCAGCUCCGGAUGCUCUUGCAAUGCUGUCACAGAAGAGCAGUGUCAGUAGUGAUAGUGAAAAAACAAGGUCAUCCUGCCCAUCUGGUUCUGAUCUUCAGAAUAGGCCUCUGGAACUUCCUUCAGUUGGAGGAGAAAGAAGCAGUACCAGUUACCAGUCUCCCAUGGAAGAUUCCGAUGGGCAGGUUCAAGGAACCCGAGUUGGUUUGCCACUUCAGCUCUUUGGCUCUUCGCCAGAACAUGAUGCCCCACCGAACUUGACCGCUUCUAGAAAGUACUUCUCUUCGGAUAGCAGCAAUCCUAUUGAAGAGAGGUCUCCAUCAUCUUCACCUCCUCUCCUGCAAACGUUGUUCCCCGUGCAAAGCACGGAAGAAACUACCAGUAAUGGGAAAAUGCCAAUCAGAAAAGAAGUUAAUGGUGUUGAGGUUCGAAAACCUCCUAGUAGCAAUAUUCCCUUUGAACUUUUCAGAGAGUUGGAUGGAGCAAGACCAAAUUCGUUUCAAACUAUUCAUUACCAAGCUGGAUACACUUCUUCCGGGUCUGAUCAUUCACCUUCUAGCUUAAAUUCUGAUGCUCAGGAUCGCACUGGAAGGAUAAGUUUUAAGCUUUUUGAAAAGGAUCCCAGUCAGUUUCCAGGGACGUUGCGGACACAAAUAUACAAUUGGCUGUCUAAUUGUCCAUCUGAGAUGGAAAGCUACAUACGGCCUGGUUGCGUGGUUCUGUCGGUUUAUAUGUCCAUGUCAUCCAUUGCAUGGGAACGGCUUGAAGAAAAUUUGGUUCUGCAUCUUAAAUCUUUGGUUCAUAGUGAAGAGCUUGAUUUUUGGAGAAGUGGAAGAUUUUUAGUUUAUACUGGGAGGCAACUAGCGUCACACAAGGAUGGAAAGAUUCAUCUGAACAAAUCCUCAAAAGCAUGGAGUAAUCCAGAGUUAACCUCAGUGUCACCUUUGGCAGUUGUGAGCGGACAAAAGACCUCAUUUUUAUUAAGGGGAAGGAAUUUGAAAAUUCCUGGCACCAGGAUCCAUUGCACAUCUAUGGGAGGCUACAUAUCUGAAGAAGUAAUGGGAUUAAGUAGUCUGGGAUUAAGUAGUGAGGGAAUUUACGACGAAAUACAUUCUAGAAGUUUCAAAGUUGGAGAUGUAUCACCUACUACUCUUGGUCGUUGUUUCAUUGAGGUGGAAAAUGGUUUUCGAGGAAAUAGUUUCCCUGUUAUCAUAGCCGAUGCUACCAUCUGUAGGGAAUUAAGGCAUCUUGAGUCCGAUUUUGAUGAGUUUAAAGUACCUGAUAGCAGUUUAGAAAGUCAUUCAUCUGUUUCUUCGCAACCAAGGCUAAGGGAUGAAAUUUUGCAGUUCUUGAAUGAACUUGGAUGGCUGUUCCAAAGGGAAAGGUUCUCUUAUGAGCUAGAUAAUCCAGAUUUUUUAAUAAGGCGGUUCAGAUUCUUACUCACGUUCUCAGCAGAGAGGGACUUCUGUGCGUUGGUGAAAACGCUUCUUGACAUUUUGGCCAAAAAAUGCUUGAUCACAGAUGGACUGUCAAUGAAAUCAUUGGAGAUGAUAUCUGAGCUUCAGCUCUUAAACCGGUCAGUGAAAAGGAGGUGCAGGCAGAUGGUUGACUUACUUGUUCAUUAUCAUGUAUCUGGCGUUGGUGAUUCAGAGAAAAAAUACCUCUUUCCACCAAAUUUUAUUGGUCCUGGUGGUAUUACUCCUCUGCAUUUGGCAGCGUCAAUGGCAGAUGCAGAAAAUUUGGUUGAUGCUCUAACAAAUGACCCGCUAGAGAUUGGUUUGGAAUGCUGGAGUUCCCAACUUGAUGAAAGUGGAAGGUCGCCACAGGCUUAUGCUUUAAUGAGGGGUAAUCAUAAUUGUAAUGAGCUGGUGAAGCGAAAACUUGCUGACAGAAAGAAUGGUCAAGUUUCAGUUAGAAUUGGGAAUGAGAUAGAACAGCUAGAGGUGUCAAGUGGUGAGCGGGGGAGGGUGAAAGGUAGGUCCUGCUCCAGAUGUGCUGUUGUUGCAGCAAGGUGCAACAGGAGGGUUCCUGGGAGUGGGACACACAGGUUACUUCAUCGGCCCUACAUUCAUUCAAUGCUUGCUAUAGCUGCUGUUUGCGUUUGUGUGUGCCUAUUUUUGCGAGGUUCCCCGGACAUUGGUUUAGUUGCACCCUUCAAAUGGGAGAACUUAGGCUAUGGGACAAUUUAGUUUGAAUGGACUUGGAGAUGGAGUGAGGUGCUGAAUAGAAAACAUGGGGAAUCAAACCGGAAGGCCAAAAGGGCAUGAGUGGGUAAGAUGAGGUGAUCUCUUGCCGUGAAAAAUGAAGAUGAGAAGGCUAGGGAUGAAAUAUAAGGUUGUUGAGGUUUAGCUAAUGAAGAUUGAAAAAGAUGUCAACUAAUGGUCGCUCUGACAUUAUGAAGUUGUGAAGUUGAGACAGAGAUGGAUUAGUUGGAAGGGGAUUGUAUUGAAUUGUUUUGCAGCUGUGGACAAGACUUAAGGUUUGGGGUUAUGAAAUGUAGCGUAGCCUGCCUGUAACAGGGUGCCUCCAGACGAGCAGGUCGACAAGGAUGAAGGAUAUUGAAGAAGAAAGAAUGGAACAGAAGGUUUGAUUUUACUUGGUGAAGCAGCUUCGUUUUGCCUUUCCCUGACCCCACCCACCCCGUCUUCCUUAACCACCACGCACGUCCCCCCCCCCCCCCCCCCCCAUCUUUGAUCUUUUAAUUUUUAUUUAAUUGUUAUUUCUUAGUAGCAUGCCAUACAGUAAGCAGUAAGUAAUGAAUAUAAUCUAUAUAUAAAUAUUACAGUUGUCUCAAACAACAGAAUGUAAAGUUGAUCCGAUCACAUUUAUACUUCUACAAGACUUUUUUGUCAAGAAUAGAGGCCCAGUGCAUGAACUUUUCUGUGUA